ACUAGUGAGGAAAUGGUUCCACAAACCCUGCUGGUGAUGGUUACCUCUGUGCAGGAAGUGUGCUCCGGGCACUUGGAUGCACAGUGUCCGAUUGCUAAGGAAAGCACCUGCUCAUGGUAUGGGUACGACACCUUGCUGUCCUACGCGAGGGCAGCGGGGCAGCACCAGCUGCCGCCUUUCCGAACGCUCCUCUGGCCGCCCCAGCCCUGCAGUGGAGCCGGCUGGGCCCCCACGCUGCUCCUUGGCUCCCAGUGCGGCCGCUGAGCUCCAGCUCUGGCACGUGGGGGCUCUGGCACAGGGCUGUGUACAGCCGAGUGCUAAGACCAGGAUGAUUCCUCUCCCCGGGAUGAUUCCUCUUCACAUGCUGUCAUCGGGCUUUCCCCACGCUUGAGCCAGACGGGGGAAGUGAAGUCACCAGACAAGAAAAGGCUGGAGCAAUGAGUGCCUGGGGUGGUUUACUAGCUUUUUCUCUGAGGUGUAUUGUUUUGAGCUGCCUCUGAUUCAUUGUUUCUUGCCCAGUGGAGCUCAGCCCUUCCUGAAAAACUCCCUGGCUGGGGAAAUCCAAAGGAUGUCCUUAUGCGUACUCUGUUUCUGUUUUUCCUGGAGAAGGGAUAGUUGUCCAGGUCAGCAUGAUGCAGCUGUGGCAGGCAGGAAGGCAGCAGACUGGUCCCCAGUCCUGCCUCGCUGCUGCCCCAAAACACCAUUCCCUUGUGUGCAAGGAUUUUCUCAGUCCCUGCAGCCCACACAUCAUCUACUGCUCAGCCUUUGCCACUAGGCUGGAUGGGAAUACAGUGGGCUGGAAGAAACUGGAGGUACCUAAUCCCUGAUCCAAUGGGUCCCUGGUAUGGGGGAAGAGGUGAAUGCAAAGCACAUCUGCAUACAGCGGCUGAAGAGUUUGGUUCCACUCUCUUGGCUCCUGAUUGGGGUGCAGAGGCAUGGUUGACAGCCCUGCAUGUUAUCCAGACCUCUGAGUCAAGGACCUGCUUCCAGGGCCACAUCCUGGCUGGGAGUGCUUGGGUACCUCACCACUAGGCCAGCUGUGCCAGCCCAACCAUAGCUCACUCCAUCCCUUCAAAUGCUCACUGCUCUAGCAGUUGCUCCUGUUCUCUCUGUUGAGGAAAUCCUGGAGCAGUGGGAGCUCUGACCUACCCUGCCAAGCCAUGGGACUAUUCAUUUUAUUUCCAGCUUGAUGUCACAACAAAUGCCAUUCUCCUUUGCUUGUUGGGAUUUGAAUUCAUGGAGUCCCCAAAGCACAGGGUGCUGAGGAGGGAAUUGAAUCAACUGCUGCCACAAACGCUGGCAGCUCUGUCUGUUUCACAGCCACUGCAGCAAGCAUUUCCAAGUCACCAGCACAUAUAUCCUUUCCUUGUGUUCCUGGUGUCCUGGUCCUUUCUAUCCCACCUCCUCUGUCGUGUGAGACCAGGAACUGCAGGAGCACCCUUGUCACUGCUUGCAGAGGGCAGUGAGCCUGGGCAGCUGCCUGUGAAAUGCAGUUCAGUCCUCCAGUGCACAGCAGCACGAUCAGAGCCUGCACUUCAGAUCUUCCCUGUCCUGAUGCCAAAGAGAAGUAGGGCAGAUGUGCUUGGAGAAGGCCCCCAGCAGUGCUCUAUGGUUCAGGAGUGCAUGCAGCUGCUGGCUGUGGGGCAGGAGCCCUGGGAGCCUCUGCCUGACAUUGUGGAGCAUUGGCUGUGUCUCCAACCAGCACAGCUUGCCUAGGGCUGCUGAGUUGGCAGUCCAGAUAACAGAGCAUUUCCUAGGGAUGACCGAAGAGCUGGCGGAGGGCUGCAGCCUGAGGCACGUUCCUGCUGGACAAGGCUGGGGCCACGAGUGUUUACAGACCCACAGUGAGAGGAAGGCCUGAAGCUCCUGCUUUGUCCCAGCUAGGGAGGUGUUAUGCCUCCAUUUUUGUAGCCAAAAUCUGGGUUCACACUCAGCUGUGGGUUUUGGUGGGUGGAUUAGCCCUGGUGUAGUCUCUCACUUGGGCCAAGGGGGCUGAGUCCCACUUCGCUACAGGGUGGGAGCUUCUGUUCCAGCAGCACCCGGACCCACCCACCACUGGGCUCAGCCCUUGUGCAAUUGCUGCUGUAGGAACGGCAUGCCAGACUUCCAGCUGUGCCUUUGUGUCUCUCUGCAUGGAAAAAGCUCAGGGCAGAGAGCCAGGGAUGGCUGGCAGCAGCUCUGCAGUCUGCAUUUCACUCCUCUGCUGGCUUCUCCUGGGAAGAAAUGAGGCCCCUUUCCCCUUCGUGUGUUGGGAAGAGGUCCCUGGGGCACUCGUAGUGCCAGAGGUAUCUUUACAGAGAUGAAGCUGAUCCAGGAAACAUUUCUCAGAGUAUCAGCCCCAUGCCAUCACCUCCCACUCCAGCUGGUCCUUCCCCCUUUCACAGCGCACAUCGGACAAGCUCUUUCCGCUUCGGAUUAUCUCUGCAGGCGGACUUGGCUGUGGGCCCCACAUUCCUUCCAGCCUAGCGCUGCCCUGAGCCUGGGCCAAGCCCUGCGUGCUGCUGCUAUCGCUCGGGCUGAGCCUGGAGGAGACGGUUCUGCUGCUGGGGUGAACCCCACUGGAGCCUGAGAUCCUAAAUGCCAUUUUCCUUGAGCUCCAGGAGGGUUGUGGUGGGCCUGGUGCUGGUGCUCGGCCGGAGGUUACCCUGACAGCCAUCCCUGCUGACCAUCCUCGGUGGACCAAAGCUGCUGCUGCUCCCACACAAAGUUCCCACUUUGCAUAAGGCCUUUCCCAGGCCCGGCAGGGCAUGUCCCCAUCCCUUGGGGCAGAUGAUGGCAUCAUCUUGCCGUGAGCAGUGAGGCAGCCCUGGCCCUGCUUUCCACAAGCAGGGAGGGAAAACGUCACUAUGGCUGGAUCACUGGGGGAGCUGUGGAGGAGCUCAAAGGAUUAGGGUGGGCCUGUGCUGGGGCAGGGGCUGCUGGUGCUUCUGUAAGAGCAAAGGUGGCCCCAGCACCAGUCCUUGAGGGACUAAUGUCCUUUCCUUCACCCCUCAGCUGAGGCUUGAACCUGUGGGUCCUGCUUCAGCGCUCAGGCCCAGAGGUGCUCCCGUGUGCUGGAACAUGUGGAGGACUCCCUCUGUGGCCCCCAGCCCAGCCCUCCACCCUCCUCCUGCACUGCAGCAGGGUUUGGCCCGGUGCCUGGGGCCAGCUGGUCUCUGUGCACACCAGGGACCACGGCGGGGUGCUUUCAUAGCAGGGUGGGAGCAGUGCAAAGGAACCAGGGGGCCAGCUGAGCACUGCAGGGAGCAGCAGGCCAUGGGGAGGUCCCAUCCUGUCCAGGAUGGCAGGAGCUGGAGGUGUGCAGGGAGCAGGGGCUGAGGGGGGAGCUGGGUCUGCAUGGCGUGGGUGAGCGUGCUCAGCUGCUUGGCAGAUGAACAAUGUGCUCUCCCAGCCAAGCCCACAGAGCUGCUAAUUUUAGCGAUUACGUGAAUUUUUCCAAGCAGUCUCAAGUCCCUUGGUGAUUCACAGCCACUCAGCAUUGCUGCAUCCACCACCCUGGCCGUGGGGAUGUGCUGGAGGUGUGCCAGCAUGGACAGACAGACACGGGACUGUCCUGCUAUCCUGUAGCAAGGCAGACAGCUCCAGCAAUAAGUGACACUGCUGUUCUGGGGCUCCAUCAUCUCCUUGAAGGUGCAGGGAUACAACAGUGGUUCCACACUGACCAGGGCUUGGUCAGGGGGGCUUCAUCCUCUGGUUGGUGCAGCUGGAGGUGAGAAAGGUCCCCCAGGCAAUGCUGAACCUGGGGAUUCCCUGCAGCAUGAGACCCACUCCAUCCAGCACCGUGUGAGUUCCUGGCUGCAUGGAACAGCCUGUCCCUGCAAAAUGCUAAUCUCACCCUCAAUCACAUCCGUUUGCUGUCUCAGGAGCUGCCUCUCCCUUCCAGAUGUGUGGGAUGGGUACAUGCUGCCGUCCCAAACCCUCACGCCCUCUGUUUCUCUCCCUUGUAAGUAGCCUGGGGCAACCUCCCAAUGCUCUCACCUCCGGGAGUGGCUGCAGAAGUGAUUCACAGGCGUGUGCUGUUUGUUACUCAGCCCUGCUUUAUUUCUAGCCGUCUUGAAAAUAAUCAUCUUUUCCGGCCAGAAGCCAGAGCCAAUUUCCUGAGGCCUGGGUAGGACUUUUGUCAGGACUAUUACCUGGUCUGCUCUGAAAUUCUGCGUCGUGGAAGGGACCACAAUCUGAUGAUCCCCCUGUGAGGACAGGGUGUUUGAGGUACCCACCACUGCACCCCUGUCUGCCCUGGGGCAGCACGGCUUGGAAGGAGGCGAGUCCAACAUUCCUCUGAUGAGCAGGGCUUGGGGCAGUGGUUUAUCCAAAGUGCUGAGCUUUAGUUUCUGUGUUGCCUUGCUGAAAAGCUGUGAGCUUCUGGAUGAGUCAGAGCGGGCAGAAGCCCAGCAGCGCUGGCAGUGGGCAGAUAGCCGUGAUAAGGCCGUGAUAAGGCGGUGAUAAGGCUGUGAUAAGGCUGUGAUGAAGCUGUGAGAGCCCUGUUAGAGCCCUGUUCUCGUGCCAGGGCUGCAGGGAGCAGGCAGCUCCCAAGCCCAGUACCUGACCUCCAGCUGCAGCGCUGUCAGAGAAGUGGGGAGAUUGUUUUGGGAAGUGUGGUUCUGGGAAACUGCUGUGUCACGAGUGUGAACUAGAGCCUUUGGUGGGUGGUGUUUUCAAAACGCCCAUUCUCUGUGCCCAGAUGCCUGGGUGUUGCCCCAGAGCUGGCAGGAAGCAUGGCCAGGGGUAGUUUGAGUCUCGGCACUCACUUUCCAGCCAGAGCGGGGUCCGUGGCCAUCCAGCAUGUUCUGUGGCAGAUGUGAUCUGACACAGUGGUGGCCGUGGCCUCCAGCUGAGGGCCCACUCCCUGCCAUGUUCCCACGAUCCCUGUCUCCUUCCUUUGAGACUGUCUGGGGACUCUGCUCUCCAUCCCUGCAGUUUGCUGUUUGUCUUGGUCUGGUCCCCUCUCUGAAGAGGGAAGCUUCUACUGCCCUGCACGCUCCCAGGACAGCAUGACACAUUUCCUCACCGUUCUCCGGCAGCAGCCCCACGCUGCUCCCAUCCUGAGCAGCUCUGGUGCCACCCGGAACCUGAGCAGAGGCUGCUGCAACCGGCAGAAGCAUGGGUGGGCUGAUUAGAGGCAGUCAGGGAAGUUCCAGCUGCCCCGUGCUUAGCAAGCUACUGCAGUGGCUCUCAGGAAGCUCAAAGGGGCCACAUGCGCUGACUCUCCUUAGCCGCUUCCUCCCGAAUAUCCGUUCCUGAUAGCUGCUGGACUGGGACUGCCUGGAGAAGCACGGAGCUGUGCUUGCUCGGCGCUCGUGGCUGCAGGACACUCGGGCCCAAUGGAUCAGGGAGGCUGGCAGCGGUGGCUGCUGCUGCUGGUGGGCAUCCAGCUGGCCAGUAGCCAGUGCCCAGAGCAGUGCCAGUGUGUGCGUAGCGCCCAGGUGGAGUGCUUUGGUGCUGGCAUCACCACGGUCCCCAGCCCCAUCCCUGCCAACGCCAUGACCCUGCAAAUCAUCAACACGCGCAUCACCGAGCUGGGCGACGCCGCCUUCGGCAACGCCUCCCUGCUGAUCGGGCUGCGCGUCGAGAAGAACAUCCUGUCGCGCAUCAGCCCCGGAGCCUUCCAGAACCUGCCUGACCUGCGCUACCUCAGCCUGGCCAGCAACAAGCUGCAGGAGCUCCCUGUGCAGGUCUUUGAGCCUCUGGACAAGCUGGAGUCUCUGCUCCUUUCCAGCAACCAGAUCCUCCAGGUCGAGCCUUCCCACUUCGCCCAUCUGAGCAACCUCAAAGAGCUGCAGCUGCACGGGAACAACCUGAAGGAGCUGCAGGAGGGGGUGUUUGACCAGCUGACCAGCCUCACCAAGCUCAACCUGGCCAGGAACAACAUCGACCGCCUGCCGCCCCGGGCCUUCGAGCGGCUGGCGCGGCUGCAGGUGCUGCGGCUCUACGAGAACCGGCUCAGGCACAUCCCGGUGGGCACCUUUGAUGGGCUGCCAGAGCUGCAGGAGCUGGGGCUGCACCAGAACCAGCUGGAGACGCUGUCCCCGGAGCUCUUUGUGCACAACACCAACCUGCAGAAGCUCUACCUGUCCAACAACCUCCUCACCACUCUGCCGAGUGGUGUCUUCUUGCCCCUGCACGCUCUCGCCAAGAUCACCCUGCACGUCAACCGCCUGCGGGACAUCUCUCCCAGUGCCUUUGGGCCCAUGCCCAACCUGCAGGAGCUCUGGCUUUACGAGAAUGAGCUUUCCACCCUCCCCACCGCCGUCUUCAGCAACCUCACCCAGCUGCAGCUCCUGGUUCUCAGCAAGAACCGGCUGCGGUCGGUGGCACCGGGGGCUUUCCAGGGCUUGGGGGAGCUGCUGGAGCUGUCACUGCACUCCAAUGCCCUGCGACGUCUGGAUGCCCGGGCACUGGAGGGGCUGCCCAAGCUGCAGAACAUCUCUCUGCACCACAACCAGCUGCAGGCACUGCCACGGGGCCUCUUUGGAGCCACCCCUGGGCUGCAGCACCUGCAGCUGCACUCCAAUGCCCUGGAGUACCUGCCUGCCGGCAUCUUCUCCCCGCUGACUGCCCUGCGAGAGGUGAGGCUGCACAACAACUCCUGGCGCUGUGACAAGGGCAUCCUGCCCCUGCAGGGCUGGCUGGAGGAGAACCCUCACAAGGUGGGUGACAUAUCCCCGCUGUGUGCCCAGCCUCCCGCCCUGCAGGGCAUCCCCAUCGCUGGGCUACCACAGGACCAUUUCCUCGACCCCCAGCCCCCUACUGCUGCUCCCCAUCCCAGCACCCUGCUCCCUGCUGACACCUCUGGCGAAGCAUCACCAGAAGAUGCCUCGAUGGAGCCCCCCACGGGGCUGCCAGCCUCCCCACAGGAGGAGGAGGAGGAGAAGAAGGAGGAGGAAGAGAGGGGGCAGUGGGGGCUGACACGCCUGCAGAGUGGGGUGGUGGUGGCAGUCAUCGUGCUGGUGUGUGUGGCCCUGCUGGCUGCUCUGGUGGCACUGGUGGUCUAUGGCUGCAGGAAGAAGAGCCAUGUUGUGCUCAUGAGGAUGAAGGCUCCGAAUGAAGCCUGAGUAUCUGGCAGACCUGGAGGGCAGAGGUGCUUGUGGGGUCAAAGGACAUGACAGUGGCUCUGCAUCAGCUGCCCUUGCUGACUGGGGUGGGACAACAUCACCGUGUGUGCUGUGUGUACCACUGUCCUGCUCUGCUUUGCCCUGCCCCUGCUCUGCAGCAGGGCCUCCCCACUGAGUGACCUCUAUCUGCUGCCCACUAUCCCCAGCCCUUCCUGCCUCCGGGGCAGCCUCUCUGCUCAUUCCCUGCCCGGGUCCAGCAGCUGAGGUGUGGGAUGCAGAGAGGGACCCCUCGAGCCAGGAGCCACAGCCUGGCCAUGAUGGUGCUUUACCCCAAAUAACAGGACUUCCCCAUCCUUCACCUUGCAUCAUUUCCUGCAGUGCUGCUGCCCUCAUGCUGCCUGCUGCCCUCACCCCUGCCCAGCCCCUCUUCCCCACCUUCUCCCCCCACCAUGCCUCCCCCCUUGCCCCUGCCUGGGCAGGCAGUGUGAGCCGUCAUGCUGGGCCAGGAGCCGAGUGAGCACCUUUGCCCCAGGAGAGCUGCAUGUCCUCUGCUGCUCCAUCACUCACUGGUGCCUGGGCAGAGCUCCCCGUGGGGCUGGGCUGCUGCCAGGCUGGCACACCCUGAGUGUCUCAGCUGCGUCCCAGUUGCCCUCCCUGCCUGCAGGCAGGGCAGGCCAGAGCACAGCCAGCACCUCCUCCUGCCCACAGCACCUGCCUGCUUCCCUCAUGCACCUCCAGCCAGGAGAGCCAGGGGACAGUGUGCUGGCAUUGGGGAUGGGCAGGAGCAGCCCUCCAGCCCUCACUGCUCGCUGGUGCUGACCCUGCUGUGGCUGUGCCCCUGCCUGCAGUGCCCUGCCUUGGCCCCACAGGGUGCCAGGGGCUUGCACUGGCCCCACUGUGAGGGUAGAGGAGUGGGGCAAUGGGUGUGAAGUGUCUUAGGGGCUGGGAGAAGCCUCUGUACUUGUGCUUGUGGGCUGCUAGAGCAUGUUGGAGCUGCAUCUACUGCACCCCAUUCCUUGUCCUCAUUUCCUUAACACUCUCCACCAGCUAGUGAGCAACCUGGUCCUGCUCUGCUUCACAAAACUUCUUCAUUCUCUUCUUACUCCCUGCAGUGCCCUCCUGUGUGUGCCCAGUGCCCUCCUGUGUGUGCCCAGUGCCCCUGUUUGGUGGCAGCCCUUGGCCAGGGGGGAUGCUGGCAGCAGGGUCAGCAAGUGCUGCUGCUCUGCAGUUUGCAAAUGGGUGCCACACCAUCCCCCCACAGCACCUGUAUCCAGCUGCCUUCUGCAGCUGUAGCACGACCACAGGGGGAUUCAGCUCACCUCCACGUGUGCUGCAGUGGCACCAGGCUGCCUGAGCUGCUGUGGGACACGGUGUAUUUGGUGUCUGUAGUGCUGGCUGCUCGUAGCACCUCCCUAGCCCCUGCUCCACGCUGGUGCCUGUGGUGGGUCACUCCUCUGAGCUGAGUCCUGCGUGGUAACAGGAGACACGGGACUGUGUCAUGGGGCUGUUGGGUGCUGAUGUGUGACCUUCCCAUUAAAGUGCCUUUGUCCACUCCAA